AUUGCCUGGGGGAGGAUGUGUGUCGUCGUCGAAAAAGAAAUGGGAAAGGAAGUAGUGCGACUGUUUCUCCGAGAGCUCAAACAGGCACGACAGCAUGAUUGCUACUGAGGUCUGAGAGCUCUAUGGGCCCACACUAUCAUUUCUAUGAUCUUGGAUCUGGGUCUGCAAAUCCAGCUGCAGUGUUCUAAAUUGGUGCUCUUUUGAUUUCAAGUUCUUCAGAGUUCAGAAAGACAGCCAUGGCAGUUGCAAAUGACCCUUAUGUUGGAGCAUGGAAGAUUGUGGAGGUGAUCUCGCUGUGUGGCUCCGGCUGCCAGUCAGCCCUGGAGGGAACAGAGAUGAAGCUGGAUGAGAGCGGAGAUGUCACAUGGAUCCUUCCAGAGGGCAGUGAGUCGGACUGCGCCCUGUUCCGGUGUGAGGUGUACGACCUCGUCACCGACCACUCGUACAACAACGACAGACGCUCGCUGAUGCUGGCAGCCGUCCAGGGACACGUCGUCGUCUUUAAGGUGGACCAUCCGACGCCUCAGGACCUGAUGGUUCUCACUUGCGAGGCCUGGUGCAUCCUGCAGUGUCAGCGCGUGCCCUGCCGCCAGCCGCCGCCCGAUCAUCCGUUCUCACUGGCGCCACUCAUCGGCUGCUCCGUGUACUCGGAUGUCGCCGUCACGGCGGCAGAUGGCAGCACGUUUGCUGCGCACAGCCAGAUUCUGCGCCUACUAGCGCCAUCUAUAGACUGGCGAGCCGAUCCGCUGCGCCAUCUGCCGGCGCCGGCCGUGCGGGCGGUUCUGCACUAUCUUUACACGGAGUCACUGCCGGAGGGUUUGGCGCCGACAGUGGCUGCCGAGCUACAGAGAGAGCUGCGUCAGCUUCCGGAGCUGGGGCCGCUGGCGGAGCUGUGCGGCCGGUACCUGACCAAUGUGACGCUGAGAGACGACCUGCGCCGUCUGGUGGCCGACAUGCUAUCCUGCUGCCGCGCGGUGAACGGAGCCCUCUCGGAGGCGGUGGGUCGCCCCCGCCAGGGAGCAGAGUCCGUGCUGGCCUGUCCCAGCCAGCUGUCGGCUCUGGCCAGACUCUGUCUGCAGCAGAUGGCGCUGGGUCUCAGCAAACUGGCGCUGACGUUUGAUUUGUACGGCCACCACGAGAUGGCACUGGGGUCGGAGGAGCGUCGUGAGAUCAUCAGAUACGCCCAGUCCCGUCUGCCCCAGUUUCUCACCGAGCUGCAACGGAUGUUACACGGUCUGCGGACGCUGCUCUCCUCAGCCAGUCAGACGCAGCGCUCCGACCUGGCGGCGCGCUCCGUCUCAGAGCUGGAGUGGCUGGCGGUGACCAUAUCAACUCUACUGGAGGAGAGUAAAACAUUCCUGGAGGCGGCUCUGGGCGCAAUGACGGCACCCGAUGGACCCGCGGCCGCUCGGAGGGAUGGAUCACUCACCUAUGUGCUUCGGAGUCGAACUAUGUUGUGUCUGCAGACUCUUCUGGAAAGACUGACUCGGGCCAACAUCUAUAUCCUGCAGAAACGUGAGUACCUCUCCGCCGUCGGUGAGGCGGGCGGCGCGCGGCUGGUAGCCCGCAGUACGGAGAGGCUUCUGGACGAGCUGCCCGCCCUAAUGGCGUGUGCCGCUCUGGAUGAGGCGGCAGAACUGGCCGGGCAACAUGUCACCUGGCGAGAGUUCAAGUUCUACUUUAUCGCCACUGCCAGCCGCGUGCACCACAUAAUGGAGCUGCUGCGUCAGCACGCGGAGGUGGUUCGUCCUCUGAUCGAUCACAUCCGACUCCUGGUGGGAGGAGAGCAACUGGACGCCACGCUCGUCCGACUGGGACUGCUGGAAGACACGCUGGGAGCCAAUCAGGAGCCGGGAGACAGCGCGGCGGCCAAUCACAGCGCCGGAGACAACGGAGUAGCCAAUCGCAGAGCUGGGGACAGCGCGGCGACCAAUCAGGAGACAGGCGGCGGCGAGACGACCAAUCAGAGCGUGGGAAGCGGUGUGAGGACCAAUCAGAUGGCUGGAAAUGGAGGAAUGGGAAGACUGGGGGUGGAAGAUCCGUGGAAGAGCAAUUGUUCUUCGUCUCCGGCUUCGAAUGACUCGGAUUCACUGUCACUGGUGUCUGCGCUGACGCGACCUCCCCUCAGUCGCGACAGUGGACUCGCCCGCCGCUGUCACCAGCUGUUUGAGUCGGGACGAGACACCGAUCUGCAGUUCACUGUCCGCGGAGACCCGGUGGUGCCGUCGCUGCUGGGCGGUCACGGUGCUGCCAUCUCUGGGCAGCAGGAGACAGUUCUGUUGGCACACGGCCCGGUGGUGGCAGCACGGUCGUCCUGGUUGCGGAGGGUCCUCACUUCGGGAAUGAAGGAGAGCAUCGACAGGCAGGUGUCCAUUUGUGACGCCUCUCCCGCCAUCUUUCGAUCGAUGCUGGAGUUCGUGUACUGCGGUCACGUGACACCCGAAAACUGGCCGCCCGAACAGCUGAUGGAGCUUCUGGUGCUGGCUGACCGGUAUGAGCUGGAUGAUCUCAAACACUCGUGCGAAGCUCUGCUCGAGACUCACAUUGAUGAGGAUUCCGUCUGCUGCCUACUGAGCAUAGCUGAACAGUAUAACGCCCGGAAACUGAAGAGUUCAGCGCUGGAAUUUGUGGCCACAAACCCCGAGGUGGUUCAGUCGGAGCUGUUCCUGGAGCUUGGACCGGCGCUGCAGGCGGAGGUCGAGGAGACGGCCGUCUGGGCACCGCCCAG